GCAACUACUUCCGGUUCACAAACAGUCCAAGAUGGCGGACGAAACUGCGGAUCGUGUCCCAGAAGUAAAUUAUGACGAAGCUAUUAUGGCACAAGUAGAUCAUAUUCAAAAAGAGAUAGCAGAUUCGCAAGCACUAGUCAGCGACAAGCAUGACAUACUUAAUCUCCUACAGGAAUAUUCUAGUGACGACUAUGUUUAUCAAUCAAAAAUAAAGAAUUUAUCAUCUAAUUAUUCUUAUGUACGAAAGACGAGAGGUGACGGUAAUUGUUUCUUUCGAGCCUUUGGUUUUGGAUAUUUUGAAAGACUAAUAGACGAUAAAGAAGAAUAUGAAAGAUUUAAAGCACUUGCAUCAAAAAGUAAAGAUGAAUUAGUUGCAUUAGGAUUUCCGUCCUUUACGAUAGAAGAUUUCCAUGAUGUCUUUAUGGAAGUAAUAGAGAUGGUAGGAAAAGAACAAUCUGUUGAGGAACUUCUGAAGACUUUCAGAGAUGAAGGAAUAUCAAACUAUGUUGUUGUGUACUUAAGAUUAUUAACUUCUGCUCAACUGCAAAAGAAAGCAGAGUUCUUCGAGAACUUUAUAGAAGGUGAAAGAACUGUUAAAGAAUUCUGCAGCCAGGAAGUAGAGCCAAUGGCAAAAGAAAGUGACCACAUUCAUAUCAUUGCCCUAACAGAUGCACUGGGUGUAUGCAUCCGAGUUGAAUAUGUUGACAGAACUGGUUCAACUGAUGUCAAUCAUCAUGACUUUCCAGAAGACGGAGGAAAACCUAAAGUACAUUUACUCUACAAACCUGGCCAUUACGAUGUGUUAUACCAAGCUGAAUGUUGACCCAAAAUCAAUUCUACACCAAAAAUGAAUGCAUAGAGAUAGAGAUAUGUUCACCUUUUGAUUCCUAAUUCCCGGUAUAUUUAUCUACUAUUGAACAGGGCUAAAAGUACUUUAUCAUAUGACCUGUACGGCCCUGCUUGCGCGCUCUAAUAAAAGCAUUGGAAAAAGUCACGUGAUGGGGGCCAGACAGCUUUGAGCGAGCAGAUCUGUACGGCCCUGCUCGAAUCCACGCGCUUUCUCUUUUUUAGCUUUUAUUUACUAUUUCUUUCUUUCUUUGAUUUUUUAUUGAUUUUUUUGUGAGGGUCAUAUGAUAAAAUGCUUAUUGACUGA